GUGGAGGUGGUGGGUGGAGGCGGUGGGUGGGUGGUGAAGGUGGAGGUGGAUUUGGUGGUUGUGGUGGUGGUGGAGGUGGAGGUGGUGGUGGUAGUGGUAGAGGUGGAGGUGAAAAGUGUUUUCAUAUAGAUGAGGGCCAUCAUCACCAUCAUCAGCUUCACUGCUCCUCCUCCCCUUAG